AUGCCGACAGCAGCCACACGCAGUGCCCAGGUGCUACCAAAGAACCUGGUACGAAGUUUGCCCAAAUGGGCAACCACAGCCUCCAUGGACAUGGGGCUUCUCCUGAAAGAUGAUGUUUUUGUCGACUUUUUCAACAUGUUUCUCAAUCUUCCGGUUUUUGGCCCGGCACCCAUUUACAUCAGCAGCACGGGCUGGUGGGACCUCUGGCCAGAGCUGCCAAGCCACCCGGAUCCCAGCCCCCCGGCUUUACUGGCUUGGCUGGAAAAGCACCGGCUGCCUCACUUCUGCAAAUCCCUGUGCCUCCACUUCAUCCUCUGCCAGAAGCUCCUGGGUUUCAGUCGGUCGGGGGAAGCAGCAAAACUGCUGAAUUGGCGAAGUGCUGACCAGUGGCUGCUGGACAAGUGCGUCAGCAGGAGCCAGGGCAUGUGGCACUUUCAGGCCUUCAUCCAAGGAACAGCAGGGGAAGAACUGACCAACUUCUGGCUUGCCACUGAAAGGCUUCUGGCACUUGACGAGUCAGAUGCAAAGCAGAAGAACCUCUACCUAGCCUUGCUGCACAGGCUGAAAGCCACUCACCUGCGUGAAGGCUUCAGCAUCAUCACUCUCUGCAGGACCACUGUUGGAUCACUGCUGAAAGCCAAGCAUGUUCAGCCCAUCAGCACCAGCAGAGAGAUGCUGAGCAAGAUGCAGUAAUGGGCACUUUUUAUGAUUCAGAGUUAAUGGCUCCCUAAAUUCCUCAUCCACUGCAAGAUGGGCAUGAAGGAAGAGAAAUCAUGCCAGGCCCUGCUGCAGGAAUAUUGGGAGCGUUUAUUAUGGGCCAGCUCGCAGGAGCCCUCAGGCUUUUCUGAGAACCUCUACCCAACGUGUAUUGAAAGGAGUCAGGGUUUGUCAGGGCCCUACUGCAGCAAGAAGCCCAAAGCAGAGAUCUGGGCUCUGCUCAAGGUGGGAAGAGACACUCAAGAAAUGAAGGUGCCCAAUUUUCAGGUGCAACCAGAAAGGCAGCUGCGGCCAGCUGAGAGCACAAAGAAAUCAUGUCUGGAUGCUUUGGGAUCGUUUCAUCAGCAGUCAGAACAGCCUGCAAACACUGCCUUUGGAGGCAAAGGUGGAGCAACUUCUCCCAAAAGACCUAGACCCAAUGCAGAGCAGGUCUUUCACCUGGAAAACCUCUGUGAAGAGAAAGUCCUCUCUAACCUGUGUUCCUCUGCACCCCUUAUCCAGCUGCCAUGCCUGAAAAAGCCCAUCAAGACCUUGAGUUUCCUUCCCUGGGCCCUUAGUGCUGAGACCUUCAUGGGAUGGCCCUUCAGGGACUUCUUGAAGCACCAGGACUGGUCUGUGGAGACUUGUCUCCUGGACCUGUGGUGUGACCUGGAGGAAUUUCUGCCUGUGGUGCUGGAGCCCAGCAGAGAAAACAGUUUCUUCCUGCCUUUGAUUGGGAAGAAGAUAUGCAAGACUUACCUAGAGGAGAACACCAUUCAGCAGCUUCCCUUGGAUACCAGGACUCUCAGGAACUUGAGGAACCAUCUGAUGUCUGCAGAAAUCUCCCUCUGGAUAUUCAGAGCCCAGAAGGAGAUUUGCAAGGUGUUCUGCUGCUUCUAUGAGGAAUUUCUGGCUGAUGAUGACAGGACGUUCCUCCAGUUUAUGUCUCUGCAGAGUGUUGUCCCAAUGCCAGAGGUGAAGCAAGGCCAUGAUGUUGGGAAAGAUGGAUGUUCCCUCCUGUCCCAGUGGAUAAACCAGUCCUUGAAGUUGAGCCAGGCCUUGCAUGGCACAAGGAACUUGGAAGGUCUCUCCUCUGAGCACUGGUGAUUAGUUGCCACCGGGACCUCCAUCUGGGCAGAGGUGGAACCUUUCCUGUGCAGCACCGACUCCCAGAAGAUGGCAACAAAUGAGCUGCCUGUUCAGAAACCCUUACUGGCUGUGGAUAGCCCAAGCAAGGAAAAUAACCAGAGAGGGUGGAAGUGGGAGGAUUUCUCUAAAGCAGAUGCCAAAGAGGUCAAACCAUGUGGAGGUAAAGAAUUCCCACAGCACCCAGUCUCUCCUGAGCCAAGUUCACCGUGCAGACAUCAGCAUGGUGGCUCUGGGCACCUUUGCCCUACAGACAGCUGUGAGCAGGCUCUGGCUGUCACCAGAGGAAGGGGCCAACCCUGUUCUGUCCCCACAGACAUCAAACUGAAGAACAGAAAGACUGUCCCUAUGAGAAAAACUAAAUCAAGCACGAUGGAGUCCACCACCGUUGCAGUAGAGAAGCCAUCUAGAAGACCAAGGUCUGGCACCUUGCAGCACAGGACUUUGCUGGUUUUUUGCUGCUUCCACUCCUUUCAGGAAAAAGAUUUUUCCCAUAGUUACCAGGGAAAGGAGAAAAAUGAUUUAACAGGUCAGGUGAAUGCCGUGACCAUGAGAAGCAGUAGAAGAGGGAAGUGGCUUUUCAUCCCUCCUGUUUCACUGCUCCACACCUUGUGGUUCCCUUUUUCUGGCCCAGCAAACACAAAGCCAAGCAAGAACUCAACUGUCCAGCCUAGCAGUCAAGAGCGCUUUGUCUUGGAGCAAAAACCCACGUGCCUUUGCAGGUUUUCCAGGCUGGCUGAUUCAGUUGAAGCUCUGGCAGCCUGCAACACACAAACAGAAAAGGAAGUUGCUUUUUUCAAAAUGAAAGUCAUCCUCUUCAUCAAACUCUUCCUGAACUCCGGUAUUCCCCCUAAGUUGUGGGUAAACAUCUCUGAAGAAGAGAGAUACUUAAUCUGCAGUUUGUCUUCCAAGGGGCUACUGAACCGUGACUUCUACCAUAGGUAGAAGGUCAUCAUCUUCCCCAUCCUGAUGCACUUCUGGAGAAGGUUCUGCACCUAGAAGGUGAUGAGGAGCUUUUGGGUCUCUGUGAAGGACAGGGUGCCAAUCUCCUUGCUUAGGACAAAAACACCUUCCAAAUUGUAUGGCGCCCACAGUCCAAAUAAGCUGAGUGCCUGUCCUCCUCCAAUUUGUCCAUAAACUUGUUCUUCCAAUGCAGAGAUGUUCAGACCUGGGGUUUGGUGUCCCCACAGGGUUCCCCUUAGAAGAUCCUAACUCCUUCCUUGCGUGCAGUGGUGCAGGCCUGUUGAAAAAUGAAGCAUCUCUGAAAUCAUUCCUUUCCAUCAAAUUCAGUCAAAAUUGCCCAGUGGGUUUUUAGAAGUUUCUUUAGGGAAUAGGGAAGUGGGUGCAGGGACUUCAUGACUAAAGAAGUGUUGCAUAACUCUUGCUUACUUUGAUAACCAAGUCAAAAAUAGUCUCAUGCAGAAGUAAAAUAACAGAUGUUUUGAGUUGCAAGUCAGAUGGGAGCAGGAAAAUGAGAACCACCAUGCAGCCAAACACCAAGCUCAGUGGCAUUACAUGGAGGAUGCUGAGAAGAUCUGGAAUGGAGAACAAGCUUAGUCGGGAUUUGAGGUGACACUCACCAGGACAUCUCAGAGGAAAGGUAUUUUUCUUUCCUCAUCCACUUGUUUAGUUUAGAUAUGGUGAAUAAC